UUAUCAUUUUUUCGGUAUUCUUAAAAAUCCAACCGCCGCUUCAGCCGUGGACGCCGGUGAGCUGUGAGGAGUCUUGAGAAACUUUUGAAUUUUAGAAAUAUUUAAAUGAUCAACCUUAAACUACUGUUAUCCGAGUGCCAACAACUAAUAAGUUAUUAAAAUUUCUUUCUAUUAUGGCUCGAAGUUAAACCGUCGUAAAUCUAAAAGAUGAGCAAAGAAAAAUUUUCAGAUAGUGCAUCAGUGCUUAUCGAGCUUCUGGAGGUAUCUAUACAUUGUAUUGUGUAUGCCAGAAAAAUUUAUCCUGAAGGUAUAUUUGAAUUGAAGAAAAAGUAUAAUGUCCCUGUGCACAUUUCCAUUUAUCCUGAAUUGAACACUUACAUUAAUAGUUCUCUAAACGCGGUUAAAAGUCUUUUGAAGUUAAAAAAACUAAACCAGAUUGAUGUUUGCUUUUAUAAUAGAAUUGGAAGAGCAGUUGAACGUUUUGUUUUUAACAUUCAUCGUAUUGAACUCGAUUUAGAUUUGUCAGAUAUACCCAAUCUGAGAGAUCCUUAUUUAAUCCAACUAGAACAAAUGUUGAGAGCGUUAUGUUUGAAAUUAAUAGUUUGUGAUACAAUGUUGAAUCCGUUGCCGAGUGGUUGUACAUUUUUAAUUCAUAUUCACACGACUGAAACGGCAUCUGUAGACAUUCAAAAACAUACAGAAGAUUUUCCAUUAAUACCGAGCGAGGAUAAAGCUACAACGAUAUAUUCGCCUGUCAUUGUGCCAUUGCGUAAUAUAGACUGCGAGCAUUUAAAAAUAGAAAUUUAUGCUGAAGAAGGUAACAAAGAUGAAGACCCAGACCUAUUUACACCUAGUCCAUUACUUUAGGAUUUAUUUAUUUAGUUGUACAGUUUGUUAUAAUAUAUUAAGAGCGCAUGUUUUUGCUGUA